AUGAAGGCCAUAAGAGAAAGAUGGCUGUCCCUUUUAAUGCCACCUGAGGAAUUAUCAGCAGAAAAGAUCGCAUCCAAUGACAGAGUGUACAAAGAAUACUUAGAAGAGAUCUUUGUUCCUUUGGAGGUUGUUGAUCUAAUCUAUAAAGACGUAGAAAGAACCAAAAUUAUCCCAACAAAUGGCCUUUCCAGCAACUACCUUAAUACAACAAGAGACUAUGAGAAGGUAAGUGAAAUAAUUGCCAGAAUUCUAAAAGUAUUCGCAUACACAAAUAGGUCUAUUGGGUAUGUCCAGGGAAUGAAUAUUAUAUGCUCCAUUGUCUACUAUGUUAUCUCAUAUGAUGAGCAGCCUUAUAGUGAGUCUCUUGCAUAUUUCUGUUUUUUCAACCUCAUGGUGGACAUUGGGGACUGCUUCUCAGAGAAAAUGGACAUCACAGAGACAGGAAUAUUUGGGCAGCAGAGAGUAAUACUGAGGAUUCUUAGGAAAAAAGACCCUUCUUUAUGUGCAUGCAUACAGAAGAAGAACUUAUUUGGAAAGAGUGCCUUUCACAUCCGGUGGAUGGUGCUUCUAUUCUCAGCUGAAUUUGAGCUAAAGGACACGCUUGCCGUAUGGGAGCGGUUCUUUCAGGAGAGACCUAGAAGAAAAAUGGUUCCUUAUUUCUGUGCUGCAGUGCUAGUUAUUCUAAGAGAGAUUAUAAUUAAGCAGGAUGAGAUUCGUGUGAUAGGCACACUUGAGGUAGCAAAGAUCAACCCAUACGAAGCACUUGCCAUUGCAGAGGAGUUCCUCAGGGAUAUUCCGCACGCUACUUCUGGCUAG